AUGGGAACUUUGAUCCUGACAAUUCCUUGCUCCCUCCUAGUCAGCGUAUGAAGAACCAGACCGCCAAGGCGCCAACUGGGCCGUUCCAGAGACAGAAACUGCUCCAGUUCUUAGAAAAGAAAGCAAAGGAGGAAAAAGACUGGGAACAAAAUAAACCCUUUGUCAAAGAGAUCAGAGGUAAAAUCUGGAAGCCAAAGGAGGAGCCUAAGACAAAGGAGGAGGAGAUCGUGGACACGGAGUGGGAUGACAUCCUGACGCAGGCGUCAGAGGAGGAGCUGGUAGACCUGGCAGCAGUGCUGGGAUUCCACGGAAUGCUGAACCAGACACAGUACUAUGCCGGGCUGGAAAACACGAAGAUCGAGGGAGGAGGAUUUCAGGGUGUUGCUAAGGCCCAGGAGUUGAUCAAGGUCCCAGACGAGCCUCCCAAUACAACAGACGUAGAGGAGAGUCUACAAAAACUAAAGGACAACGACUCCAAACUAAAACACCUCAACCUCAAUAAUAUCAAGAAUAUUUCGGUGGAGAGGUUGAUUGAGAUCUGUGAGGCUCUGAAGACAAACACAGUCCUGGAGAACCUGGAGAUGGCCAGUGUCCACAUGACAGACAAAGUCGCCAAGAAAUUAGCAGAAGCCUUGUCAGAAAAUAAAACCUUAAAAGUGUUAAACGUGGAAUCUAAUUUCAUCAGUGGUGAAUCCAUAGUAGAACUUAUGAAAGCUAUCAAUAAGAACCAAACUCUCCAGGAACUGAGAGUAGCCAAUCAGAAACCAGAGGUGCUUGGAAACAAAGUAGAGAUGGCUCUAGUCAAACUAGUCGGUGAAAACAAAAAUUUACUUAGGUUCGGAAUCGCUUUAGAAUUUCCUGAUGCCAGAGUUCGCAUACAUGAAAAACUUCAGGAGAACAACGAUAAUUUGAGAAAGAAAAGAGUUGGAAAGGAUUAGCAGACUACAGACAUUUAACUGAUAUUAGACUGACCUUGUCUUGUUGCCUAGUUACCUGUCACAUGGUUUUCACAUCUUGAUUCAUAAAGGAAAUGGAAUGUUUAUAUUUAGUGCUUCCGGUACAUACCUUUCUCUCGAUCAGAAAUGAAAACGGCGAAAGAUAGUUAAUUGAUUCUGAUGUGAUGGAAUGUGAAAAAAAGAAUAUCCAAAUUGAACAAUAUCUUUUUCAAUACAAAACGAGGAAUAGGAAAUUUUUGGUUAAAGUUUUGUGUAUUAUUUUUGUUCAUUAAUCCCCAGAGCUGCUGUUUUUAUGAAGACUUUAUGAUGUUUGACAUUGUAUUGCAAUAAUCAUUUGAGUUAGUAUUUGUGAUUUAAGUGGGGUAUCUGUGUACUAGACAAAUAAUGUAACAAUCAUGAUGGCAUUUGUUUUUAAAAAUAUGUUAACUUUGUACUAUUUAAAUGUUAUUGUCAUUUUUUCUGUACCAUUUUAUACUGCUUAUAGUAGCUUUGUUAUGAAUGUUUUAGAAGUUUUACUUCAGUAAUGUUAAGUAAAUGAAUCAUUUAAAGGAUUAAAGGGGUCUCAACAUAUCUUUGUGAUAUAGAAAUUAUAUUGCCAUAUUGUGAGCAAUUUAAUGACAGUGGUAAUAUGAAAAUAAACUCUUAAUAAUAAUAAUAAAAAAAAGAUAUUAAAGUAUUUUUGACCAUAAAAAUAUAUUUGUAUGCAUUGGCCUCUUUUGUAUUAUAGGAUUAAUUACCAUGAAAUCAAUAAUUAAAGACAAAGAGACAUCCUUCACAAAUUUAUAAUGAUUUUAAUGAAAUCGAUAUUUUUCCUUUCUGACCAUAAAAUAAAAACUCCCUGAAAAUAACUGUUUCUACAGACCAAUUUACUUUGAUUUGUCAAUAACUGUAAAACUUUUAUUUUUAUAUAAGUACCUGGCCAUAAGCGAGUCAGAAUUUUAUUUUUACACUAUAUAUUUCAUUGAAAAACCUUUUUUUAAAAAAACUUGUUGUGAAGUCAAUUUUAGCUCAAUUUUCAUGAUUUUUUCACUGAAACAUGCAGAAUUAUUCAAAUUUUCUUAUCUUAAAUGAUACUUAAACUAUUGAGAAUAAAUUAUAAAAUAUUGUCCAGACAAAAUUUUCUAACCUCAAAUUACUAUGAUUUCUUAACGAUGCAUUUGAUUAUGGUGAAUGUUAUACAUGUAUGUCUAAUUCAUAGAAAAAGGAUUAUGUGGUAUUUUAAUAAUGAAUUUAUUUCAGCCAUUUAAUUUCAAAAAUGAAUUCACCUUCAAAGUUACUUGCCGAACAAUAUAUUGAUUUAUAUUCAUUGAAGUGUAUUGCUUUUUUUUUCUUAAUUUCAAGAUACUGAAAUAAUUAAAGUACUUGGAACUAGUGAUAUUUUAUCACACUCCAUGUUCUUGAUAGUAAAGAACAGAAUGUCAUUUGUAUCAUGAUACUUACGUCCUGAAUCCUUUUGUAUUAUACAUUUGUAUAUGACAUACACUUGUCCUGAGUCCUGUAGAAGUCAUUCAAUGUGCAAUAAUAAUAAAAAUGUGAGACCUUAA